GAGUCAGUUCAUUUUUUUAUAAAUCUCUUGAGAUAAAAUAAACAAAUGCUCUACACAGCCCUCAUCACCUCUUACUCUGAAACAAUUAUGUAAUUUAGAAAAACAUGAAAAUUGAAAUGAAAUAAUUAAACUAAUCAUUAAAAACGAGACAUGUUUAACAAGAUUGGCAAUCAGAAUUCAUAAGAACUACCAAUGGCUGCAAUAGUUAACAGUUUAGUAAGAAGAGCGUUGCGUAAAUCAGCAGUGAUCGGGAGCAAUUUGUUUGGGAAGCAUUUGCUAUUGACUAAUGCUACAUUUUCUAUGGCUAUGGGUGUAGCUGGAGAUCUUGUGCAACAACAUUAUGAAAUUUUAAGAGGAAAAGAAGAGGAAGUGAAACCUGUUAGAACUGUUCAUAUGGGUGCGGCAGGGUUAACUACUGGUGUUGUAUCACAUUACUGGUACAUUAUAAUAGAUAUAUUUAUACCAGGAUCUUCAUUUAGAACUGUAGUUAAGAAAGUAUUGUAUGAUCAGAUAUUAUUUUCUCCCAUUAAUUUAUUUGUUUACUUUGGAACAGUAGCAAUUUUAGAAAGAUCAUUAAAACAACUGAAGGAAGAACUUAUGGAAAAAGGAUUAAAAAUUUAUACUGCUGAAUGGAUAAUAUGGCCACCUGCACAGUUUGUUAAUUUUUAUUUAUUACCAUUACGGUAUCGUGUAUUUUUUGACAAUUUUAUUUCCUUUGGGUUUGAUAUUUAUUCUCCAUAUGUAAAAUAUAGAUGUAAGUUGAAAUCUGAAAUAGAAUCAAAUGAAAUAGAAAAAUAAAAUAUUAAAUUAUUUUCGACAAAACUUUUCUUAAAUCAAUUUUGGUUCUAAUGCGUCAGUUCACUAUUGAAACUGGUUACCAUUCUAAAAAAUGUGUCUUAACUUUUUGUUUGUAAUCUUGCAACAUUUUUGCUGAUUUUCAUCUCUGAUUAUGUAAGAUAAUUAAAACAGUUUCAUGGAUUA